UCUUUCUUAGGUUUUUCUAGUUGAGUAAGGUUUAAUUGAACUAUGAGUGGAGAAAUACCGUCGGAUGGGGAUUACAAGCCCCGAUCUGCGUUAGGGGAUGUAACAAAUCAAGUUGGGAAAAGGGGGUUUUCUUUCAUUUCCACCUCAGGUGUUAAAUCUGGAGAUGGUUAUAAGAAAGAUGAAGGUUUUCAGUUUGCAAAGAAAGAAUGUCUAAGAGUAGAUAACUUUUCGAAAGAAAACUUCCAUAAAGAGAUUGCUGGGUGUGUUUUACGGGCUCACUCGUGCAGUGAGAUCAACUCGUUGAAGGGGAAUGUGGUAAAUAGUAUAUCUAAGAUCACGUGUGAAGCCAAGGAACCCUGCACAUCAGAUGGUCGAAGAAAUGCCACCUCUUCUAUUGCUGUUAAAGCUGGCAAUGCUAUGAGUGAGAGUUGUAUAUCCACCCCAACGAUACCCACAAGCAAAUCCGAUAAACUGGGUGCGCAUGUGAUAAUAGAAACCGAAGAAGAUGAAAAAAGUGAUUCUGCAGUUGUAGAAAAUGCAUCAAAAGAGAAGGUCGAAAAUAGUUUGGGUAUGGAUGAUGACGCUGGUAUUGAAAACUUGGAUUCGAGCAAAGAUGAGUAUCUUGAUUGCUCAAGAUUGCCCGAGUCACAGGAGUCCAGGUGUGGUCUAGAGAGAUGCAUUGGACAGAAGGGUGAUGGAUUCUCAAACAUGUGUAUGGACUUGAUCAAAGCAUGUCCAUGUUCUUUUUGCACUAAAGCUGCUUACAUAUGGUCAGAUCUACACUACCAGGAUAUCAAAGGCCGAAUAGCUGCUAUAAAGAAGAGUCAGAAAGAAGCAAGCAUUUUGGUCCACCAAAACAGCAGGGAUGGCGCAACCGGAAAAUAUGGGCAAGGAAGUUCUGAAAAAUUCUCGAACUUGGAAUCUGAUCUCACGGGUCAAUGGAUGUCACUUUUUCUUCAUAUGGAGGAUAUAUUUGUUCGUGAGGGCAGCCAACUGGAAAGAAGCUUAUCUAUACUGAAAGAAUUGAGAGAUAAUUGCAAGACUGAUUCACAGAAACAAUAGCUCUCUUAUUAUGCUGGUAAGAUGUUCAAGUUCAUUCUGGUUUUUAAUGUUGACAUCCAUAGCUUGGCUUUUACUUUUUACCUCUAAGGAUGUCUUUGAUAUUUAUAAUCAUACCUCUCGUAUGUAUUACUUCUUUCGUUCCAAAAUAAAUGUCAGUCUCUUUGAUUUUGAUUGUCCAGUUUAGUGUUUCUGAGAUUUAAAUCUAAUACGAUUUUGUCUUA